AUGCAUUCUUAUAAAGUACCACGAAUUUGUGUUGCAAUAUUUUCUAUUUAUAUUGUCAUUGUUGGUUGUGGUUUUUGCCUGAAUGUAAAGAGCAAUAUACUUGGAUUUCCGGCUGGACUUUGCCCAAUUGUUGGAGUUGGUGGACAUAUAAGUGGUGGUGGCUACGGUUCACUGUUGCAAAGAUAUUGCCUAAUGGUGGAUCAUGUUCUUGAUGCUCAGAUUAUCGAUGUUAACAGCCAGGUUUUGGAUAGAAAAGCAAUGGGAGAAGAUCUGUUUGGGGCUAUUAGCGAUGGUGGUAGUGCUAGUUUUGGUGUUGGUUUUGCAUAUAGAAUCAAGUUAGUCAGAGUGCCUGAAAUUCACACUGUUUUUAAUGUGCGGAAGACUGAGGCAGAGAUUCUUUACAAAUGGCAAAAUAUUGCAGACAAAAUUGACAACGAUUUGUUCAUUAGCAUUAUUGUGCAGCCAAUUACUGGAAAAAGAAGUGAUUGUUUGGAAACAAGUUGGAUUGAUACGAUGCUCUGGUGGUAUAACUACAAGAUUGGGACAGCAAAGGAAGUGCUAUUGAGAAGGGCUUAUGAUCAAUUGAUCUUCUUGAAGAGAAAAUCAGAUUAUGUACAGAACCCCAUUCCUAAAGAUGGAUUAGUAUCACUAUUCAAGAAAAUGGUUCAGCUUGGAAAAACAGGACUUGUUUUCAAUCCUUAUGGUGGAAGAAUGAGUGAAAUUCAUAAGAAUGAAACACCAUUUCCUCGUAGGGCGGGGAUCAUUUUCAACCUGCCAGAUUGA